AUGGUGGCACAAUACCACUAUUCGGUUGCCAUUGUUGGCCUGGGCUCACGGGGCCAAAAGACUUGGUUUGAAAGCCUUAAAAGUACUCCCAAAAUUUCGGUCUGUGCAGUGUGUGAUAGCAGCGCAACUGUAUUGAACGGCUUUGCUUCACGAUGUCCGGAGAUUCCUGCCUACCCCAGUCUCGAGCAGCUGCUGGAGCAUCAUCGCCCCGACUUUGCCAUCAUCUGUCUGCCCAAUAGGUACCAUCUGCCCGCCAUCAAGCAAUUGGAGGCUGUCAGCGUGCCGUGCUUGAAGGAAAAGCCGAUCGCUGGCACUGUCGACGAAUUUCUACAACUGCGCUCUCUCCAGACCAAGAUUGGCGUGACAUUCCAGCGACGAUGGCAGCCUAGAUACAAACAUUUCCGUCAGCUCCUUCCAGAGAUUGGAAAGCCACUCUCGGUGCGGGCGACAAUGGCAGGCAAAUAUGAUCCGCCCCAGGAAGGAUGGCGCGUUCGGCACAAUGUUGGUACAUUUGAUGACCUGGGAGUCCAUAUGCUAGAUAUACUCGUUUGGCUUUUUGGACGCCCAUCUAGCGUUUUUGCGCGCUGUUUGGGUGAUGGCCGGCCUUCUGAGCGAGACCUCGUUCGCGGAACCCGAGGCUCGCUACAUCUGAAAGGCGAGGAGAUAACGUAUUACGAUCUCGGUGGCCGUCAGACCUUCCAGACAAGCUUUCAGUCUCUCAAGCAAGAUGCCAUCGUGAGCAUGUGCCAAGAGUUUUGCGAAUACAUUUCCGGCAGAGAAAAUACCUACUCUACCUCUCUUUCUGAAGUAGAAGACACUUUGCUUACAACCGAGGCAAUUUGCUUGUCAUUUGCUUCGCAUGCUUCGGAAAAAGUUGCGCAGCCACUUCAAAAUGGCCACCAGAGCGGCCACGAAAACGGACACGAAAACGGCCACCGAAACGGCCACGAAGACGGCCACCAAAACGGCCACCAGAAUGAUGCCACGAAAAGUUUGUACAACAUUGAAAAGCAAUUGAGUACUAAAAAAAGCAAUGGCUAUUCUAAGUCUGCCUUUACCAAUGGUGUCUCUGCGAAGCUCCUCCCGAAAGUUGACAUGGCACAGAAGACCUUCCUGCUCAACAAUGGCUAUGAGAUGCCAGGACUGGGUUUCGGAACUAGGAAACCUAAACGGUCACAGGAAACGUACGAAGCCGUGAAGAAAGCACUCGAUGUGGGCUACAGACACAUCGAUACUGCCUUCAGGUAUAAUAACGAAGACCAGGUUGGCGAGGCUGUACGGGACUCAGGUCUUCCCCGGGAAGCAGUCUGGGUCACGACCAAGGUGGACAACUCCUGGCAUCACCGCGUUGCAGAAUCUGUCAGUAUUUCCCUGUCCAAAUUGGGCAUGGAAUACAUCGACCUUCUUCUCAUGCACUGGCCUUCCCCCGUUGAUCCUGAAGAUACGAAGAAGACUCUACCAGAUUGGAACUUCAUCAUGACAUGGCAAGACAUGCAGAAGGAGGUUCAAGCGGGCCGUGUUCGGACCAUUGGAGUCUCAAACUUCGGAGUGCGCAAUCUGCAAAAGCUCAAUUCUCAUCCUACGUGCACCAUCGUGCCUGCCGUGGACCAGCUCGAGCUUCACCCGUACUGCCCUUCUACAGGGCUGAUUGCAUUUUGCAAACAAAAUGGUAUUCACUGUACUGCAUACUCACCGCUUGCAUUUGGGCUGCCAGAGCUUCAUGGUCAUCCUGUCUUGGCCGACCUCUGCCAGCGAACGGGUAAGACAGUGCAGCAAAUCCUAAUCCGAUGGGGUUUACAGAGAGGUACUAGCGUGAUACCAAAGAGUGCGAGCCUGGAGAGAAUUGCAGCCAAUUUUGAAUCGUCAGCCUGGGAGCUGGCACCUGAGGACCAUGCUUUGAUCAGCUCUAUCGAGGAUCGUUGCCGAGUGUACCCAGAUGAUUGGCUUCCAGCUCAGGUGUUCUGGGAGGAAGAUAACUAG